UUGCUACGAGUGAACUUCUGUCGGACAGCAAGCAAGAUAACAAGGUUGAAUUUGUGAUGGAUGCAGUCUGGCCACUGCUUUUUAUUUCCCUUCUAACCGUUUUUUAUAUCAUAUACAAAAUCCCCAUCGUGCGUUACUACGUAAAGUAUUUUGCUUUUGGUCUCAUAUUGAAUGUCGGUUCAGUAUUCUACACAAUUAUAUUUCUGAUUAAGGGCAAACCAUCCUUUACAAAUAGCUGGUGA